UUUUCUUCUUAGAUCAUAAUCUUAUCUAAAUGCAUCAGUAUACAUUGAUUGGAUGGCUGUAAUUUAAAGUUCAUGAGUAAAAGUGAUAAGAAACCUAGCUAGUAAAAUCACCAUUUCUCCACUAUAUAACAAUUCUCAUGCUAACAAAAUAAAGCGCACACACACACAAACAACAUGACAAUGAUAAUGAAUUUGAGGAAUAAGGUGAAAGUAGCGUCCAUAGAAAAAUGUAGGAAAAAAAUAUUCAAGAAGAACGCAAAAGCAGUGAUGAAGAAACUCUACGGGCUCUUCAAACUUUGCAACGGUAAACCCUGUGUAAUUGUCUUCCCUGGGAAAUCAAGGGGAGGUGGUGAAAAGGUGCUUUCAAAGUUUAUGGAGUUGCUGUAUGAGAACCUGAUGAAGAAGGUGCUGAUUCAGAAGAUCGCCAAGGUGAAAAAGCAAGUGCAGACACUUCGUGAAGCGAACCUUCGGGAGUAUGAAAAAAAUGAAGCCUUCUGUAAGAAGUAUAAUCUCAAUCCGGAGAUGUUUUGGAACGUGUCGGAGGAGCAGAUGACUGAUGUUGGAGACAUGUCUUCCAUGAACGGCAAGCAACCACCAACCAUCAACGGCUAGUCCUGUGUCCUCCCUCACCACCUCCACCAUCACCAAUAAUCGUUAGUCCAAAGGGAUAAAACUAGCGUGGAGUGUUUCAUCAUUUAUAUUUGUGUUUUCUUCAUUUCAAAAGACAAUUUCUGUAUGAUGUUUUCUUUUGUUAACAUAAGUUGUAAUGGUUGAGGAUUUGCCUUUUUAAGUAAUUUGUGUUAUCUUGAACUUUUAUUUAUCAAAUUAUGUUUUCGUGGG